AUGCGCAUCAUAUUAAAAGUUAUCUAUAAAAUUUUAACUUUAACUCGAGAUGGACUAAAAUCCUAUAGUUCUUUGAAUGAAUUUUUAGAGAAGCCUAUCCUAUCAUUCGACGUGGAACGUGUGACAUCCAUGAAGCUGACUACUUUAGGAAAUAAGACAAAAAGUGAUAAUCUGGUCUGGAUAUCGAUGGUGCCCAAUUACACAUAUUUUUUGUUUCUUACUUUUGCUCUAAUUACUUUUGAAAAUGUUAAUUCACAAGUAGCAAGAUACGGACAUACAGCUAAUCUUAUAAACCAAAAAAUAUAUAUUAUUGGUGGAAAAGAUGCAACUGGCGCGUUUGUCAAUGAAAUGCAAAUACUGGAUCUUUCAUCAAAUUUUUCUUUAGCUAAUAUUUCCAACAAUUUUAUAAAGAUUACUUCCCUGAAUUUUUCUGUCGCAUGGGGAACGUCUGUUGAUAAUGGCUCUAAUAUUUUUUAUUUUGGUGGCGUCACAUCAGAGAAUAAAACAACUGCGGACAUUAUCCAAUACGAUCCAAAACAAAAUCAAAUAUCCAAACCCCUUGAAGUUUCAGCAUCACCGAGUGCACGGCGCGGCUUAAAUUCAGUCAUUGAUCAAAACGGAAAAUGGUAUAUUUAUGGCGGGUCUAGCGAUGUUGAUGAUAACUAUCAUAACUUGACGUCAAAUUCCGAUACAGCUGUAUAUUAUUUAAUGUUGACGUCAAAUGACGAUUCUUUAACAUUUGCAACAAAAAUGUUUCCAGAUCAAACGUUAAACCGAUUUGACUAUACAGCGACAGUAAUAGGCAAUAAUAUUAUAUAUAUUGGUGGUCUUCGAACAACCAAUGACUUCAUUGGAAUGGAAGAAAUUGGGAUAUUUCAGACAGAUACAAUGGAAUGGAGAAAAAUAAUUGCUGCAAACGCCGCCGGUCUGGUGCCAAACCGUGGUGGUCAUACUGCUGUAAAAUUAAACGACAAUAGUAUUUUGAUAUAUGGCGGAUACUCUCCAAAUCCAAUGAACAAUAGUAAUGCUGUUGCAUUAUUGAGCAUUCAAAAUUUGGGCGCUCAAAAUGGUGAAACCUUCACUUGGAAAUUACCAACUAUUUCAUCGUCGCCGUAUCAAAAUCAACAACAGAUACCUUAUUGGCAUACAGCAACAAUCUACAAUAAUUAUAUGAUUGUUGUUUAUGGCAAAUUUGAUAAUACUAUGACUACUCAGCCAGCACCAGUAGCUAUUCUUGAUGUCAGUAAUGAGGCUUCUAUGACAUGGGUUCAAUCAAUAACUAGCACACCAAUAGCUACCACACCAACUAUCACACCAAUAACUACCAAACCAAAAUCUGGCGGAAAGAAAAAUAAUCCUGGGAAACAAAAAGAAUUGAAGGAUGGCCAAAUUCAAGAUUCCAUUCAAUCAACGCAAAAUUUAGCUGAAAUGGUACAAGAAUCGAAUUCUAACAAUCCGGAAAUGGUUCAACAUUCGAAUAAUAUUAAUCGAUUCGUGCAAUCACAUCACUUACCUGAGAAAAUCAUGAGCAAAUCAAAUAAUCAGAUUAUCCAACAGCCAACUGCAAGAAAUAAUAAAUUUAAUUUUCAUGUCUCCUUUCACUCGCCAAUUC